CAGAACAAUACAAAGGAGAUAGAGUGUGCAGGCUUCAUAUGCAGAACAAGACUAUUGCAGAUAACUCUUAAUAAUGCUCCUCUUACUCGUUGUCACUGUGUGUGGAAGCAGCAUCGGCGUGGAGAGCCUCCCGUUGCCCGACUCUGGCCCGCAUCUGGCGAAUGACUGGGGGGAAGCGGUCCGGCUGCGACAUCUGUACGCGGCCCGGCGUGGUCUACAUCUGCAGAUACACACAGACGGAGACAUCAGCGGAUCGCGCUCGCAGAGCUCGGACAGUUUGGUUGAGAUAAGUCCGGUGGACACAGGCAGUGUUGCCAUUAAAGGAGUUGCAAGCUCCCGAUUUCUCUGCAUGGACAGAAGAGGGAAACUCUAUGGAUCGCACACUUACUCCAAGGAGGACUGCUCUUUUGUGGAACGCAUCCUUCCAAACGGCUACAACAUCUACAUGUCGUGCAACUAUGGAGUCCUUGUGAAUUUGCCUAAGCGGCACAGUAACGACAGGACCGCAACAUCCCAGUUUCUGCCCAUGGUGAACACACUUUCCCAGGGACCCACCGAACGCCACUCAGGGGAACAGCGCUCUCCCGCCGGCCCCGGACAGGACCAUCAGUUAGGUCUUCAGAUAGACAGUAUGGACCCUUUUGGAAAGAUCUCUCAGAUUGUGAUCCAGAGUCCCAGUUUCAACAAAAGAUGAGGAGUGAACAAUCUCUUGUGGAUGUUCUAAGGAAACGACCCCGAGGUCGAGAAGAAGAAUGAGCACAGCGCCGGACUCUCAGAAAGAGAAGAAAACUGCACACUGGACACUGUGUUAAAGGCAUGCAUUGUGUAUUAUCGUGCAAUUUAUACGCGAAAAUGAGUUUUUAGGGCGUCAUCUAACUGACGCUUUACCUUUAGCGCCAGUUAGACGACGCGGGUAGUCUAGCCUAGGUAGGGUUAAUACAACACUAUCUCAGGACCGAUUCGUACGAAUUCGACGAAUGAUUAAAAAGUGUCCAAUUCGUACGACCUCACUCGUACGAAUUUGUAAGAUUUGU